AAUUAGCAGUGAAACUGACAUUUUUUUUUCUCAAAUACCUACAAUUUCGAUGUGCUUCUAGCUAAUCUACCAAUUGAUUACAAACUUUAUCAGUGGUCGUUUAUUUAUCAUUGUUAAGUCCGUGGUUAUGCCGGUGUAGUUUUCGCGGUAUGAAAUCAUAAUUUCAAGCGAGCAUGAUGGCGUUAGACAGACUGAUAUGGAAUAUUGUGAUCGAUUUCCUUACCUUAGGAUGUGUUGCCUUACCACUGUUGCUGUUGACUGUGUUGGGAGAACCGCACGAGCGAGGGUACUUCCAGAACGAUGAGUCCAUCCGUCUACCGCUAAAACCUGAAACGGUGUCUGAAGGGGCACUGGCCGGCGGUGGUUUCGCUAUUGUCAUUGUUUCCAUAAUAGGAAUUGAAAUGUUCCGAGAUAGACGGGGAAAAGGAAUUGGGGAGAAGUAUAUGUCAGGCGCACUGGUGCCGGGCUGGGUAUGGGAAAGCUAUAGAGCCAUUGGAGUGUACACAUUCGGGGCUGCCUGCCAGCAACUAUCUGCGAACAUGGCCAAAUAUAUACUGGGGAGAUUGAGACCACAUUUUUAUGAUGUAUGCCGACCCUUGGCAAAUUCGACCUCACCUCUGAACGAAUUAGGGUACAUUAUCGACUACACAUGCCAGACUAAUGACAGUCGCCUCAUCAAGAACGCUCGACUGUCCUUCCCUAGCGCGCACUCUAGUUAUGCCAUUUACUCUGCUUUAUACCUUAUAUUCUACAUUCAAACAAAAGCGAAAUGGCGCGGGUCGAAGCUGCUCCGACAUGGCAUACAGUUCGCUGCGCUUAUGGGUGCUUGGUAUGUCGGCAUCUCGCGGGUGGUGGACCACUACCAUCACUGGAGCGAUGUGGCUGCGGGAUUCGUAAAUGGCACCGUAUUUGCUGUCCUUACGUUCGUAUACAUUUUGAGGCCGAAGAAAUAUGGACUUCCAUCGUCCUGGCAAGGGAGACCACAAGAAGGAAAUGUGCAAAACGAACUGUCCCAACCUGCUUUGGCCCGAUGACAAAACAGCGUGUUAUAAUGACUUUGGGAGUCUAGGAAUCCUUACAUAAAACCAUAUUCACUGUUCACCAUUCUUCACUUAUAUUAUGUAUUGGAAAGUAUGUCUGUUAAAUCAAAUUUGACGACCUCGGUGGUCUAGCGC